AUGUCGUCCCCGCCAGAAAAGAAGGGCGAGAAGCCAAACAGAUCGGGUAGCAAACCGAAGCAGCCAUGCGGCAGUACCGGUCACGGUGGCAGUGGCUGGGCACCACCUCGUCGUCAAACCAACAUUCCGUUGUUAGCCUUCUAUGACCCAAGCAGCGUAGUAAGUCAUCACCAAUCAAACUGCGUCUGCAGCCGACCGUCGGUACGCGUGCGCAUGGUCACUGUAUUUCUCCGCCACAAGCGUAUCCCAGGCGCAAUCCAAUUUAGACCUAUCACGACUCUCGGCGAGGUCAUGGCGGCAAAACCGGGCGAUCCGGUCCCUGAGCCCACCGAAACGAUGAUACAGCCUACGGUUAAGGAGAUAGCAGACCGCUGUCGUGAGAUGAUUGAGCAGCAUGACGCUGCCAAGAAGAUUGAUGGGAAGACGGCGUUUGGACCGGAGGGGCCGCCGGUGAAGAAGGAUGAGGAUGGCGGGCAGAAGUGA